AGCAUAAAUGACAGUGACCCACAAUGCGAUUUCCUCACAAGUGUUUAGUAUUGUCUUCGCCUUCAUGAUGUGUCAUUGUUUUUCCUGUGUGGAUUGUAUGGGCCAUUGUGCAUUGUGACAUGUUGGUUUAUAUGGGGGUAGGGGAGUCUUCAGUACCUAACUAGUGUUCUGUUUUGGUGCGUUGUGUAGGUUGCAGCAUGCCAAAUGAAUCUUCUCUGCCAGUGUGGCUGCCAAACCAAGAGAUAAUUGCAAGGGAAGUCCUGUUAGAAGCUGAACGUGGUUUUGUUUGUCCUGAAUGUGGCAAAAAGCUGCGCAGCUCUGUUACACUCAAGAGGCACAUCCUCGAUCUCCACCGGGUGCAGACUGAACAGUUUUGGUGCAAGAUAUGUAGAAAACAUUAUCGGACAAAAAACAGCCUUGUUGUGCAUUUGUGCAAAUAUCAUCCGAAUGAUAAGGGGUUGUAGUCCAAAGACACUUCUAAACUUAUGUAAUAGCAACAUCUCAUGCACUGGUAUCUUAACAUUUGGUGUCAGAU